GCAGAUACAUUUCUAUCCGUCAGAUGAAAAGCAAGGCCGUUUCUGUGUAAAACAGUAGUAGUGGAAUACCUGUCAUGUUACUGGCACUGAGUGUUUUGCUGCUUAUAUUCCCUCCGACUCUCUCUGCUCCAACCAGAGAUCUCUGCACCACAGGCAAAAACAAACUACUGCUGACCAUCUUUGAUGGGUUCAGAUGGGACUACGACCGAGAUGUGGACACCCCAAACCUGGACAAAAUGGUUGAGGAAGGAGUCAAGGCAGCAUAUGUCACUCCACCUUACCUGACCAUCACUAGUCCUACACACUUCACCCUGUUAUCUGGAAGGUACAUUGAGAACCAUGGUGUGAUUCAUAACGUGUGGUUCAACACAACCACACGACAAAGGAAAGAGUACUACAUGACGCAGUUUGUGGAUGAAUACUGGGAUAAUGGCAGUCUACCCAUUUGGAUCACUGCUCAAAGACAGGGUCUUAAAACAGGAUCUUUACACUUUCCUGGCACUGCGGCCACUUACCAGAAAGAAACAAUUCAGGUGAGGGAGGUAGAGCCAAAAGCCUAUGACUACACCAAUGAGACAGCAUGGAGGGAAAAUGUGGAUAAAGUCAUGAAGGAAUGGUUUAAAGAUCAAGACUUAGACUUUGUCACCUUGUAUUUUGGCGACCCGGAUGAAGCUGGCCACAAGCAUGGACCCGAUUCUUCUGAGCGCCGUGAGGCAGUCAAAAAAGUGGACCGAACUGUGGGCUACAUACGGGAAACUGCUGAGAAACACGGACUUAGUGACCAUCUGAAUAUUAUCGUCACAGCAGACCAUGGCAUGACCACCGUGUUUAAAGGUGGGCAAGUAAAAGAAAUAGUUCUCACUGACAUUCCAGGGUUCUCUUACAAAGAUCUGCAGUUCCACCUGUUGGACUAUGGACCUUCUGCAAUGCUCUUGCCCAAAGAAGGAUUGCUUGACAAGGUUUAUCAAGCCUUGAAAGGAGGGCAUCCAAACCUUCACGUUUAUAAAAAAGAAGACAUGCCUGCCCGACUGCAUUACUCCAAACAUCCACGCAUCCUGCCCAUCGUUCUCUUCGCAGACCCCGGAUAUGUCAUCAAUGGGUUUUACCCAAUUCAGACCAACAAAGGUGAGCACGGCUAUGACAAUGAGGUCAUGGACAUGAAGCCUUUCUUCAGGGCAGUGGGACCAGAUUUCCACAGUAAUUUGUUGGUUGGACCAUUUGAGACCGUCAAUGUUUACCCUCUAAUGUGCCACUUACUGGGGAUAAAGCCAGAAAUCAAUGACGGGUCACUGGAUAACACCCGACACAUGCUGAUAUCCAACGGAGAGCCAUGUGAUUCUGGAGACGUUGCAGAGUCGAGUCUUCAGAAUGUGUUCAUUGGUCUUGCUGCCGUUGCUGGAUUUUUAUUGCUUGCGUUUGUGGUUGUUACAUCCUACAACAUGUAUAAAAGACGCAAAAUUAAUCCAAAAGCGAAAGACACAGGAGACGAGGAUGAGAUGAAAGCCGACUCCAAGCAAACAUCAUUCUAAAAGGGACAAUCAAUUUUUUCUUAAAAGAUCAAAGACAAAACAUUUGAACUACAACAUUUGAACUACAAAAUUUCUAUUACUUUUAAGAAAGUUUGUAAUAUUGACUUCUAAUAUUAUUUAAAGGAGGUGGAUCAUUAUUUAUAUUAACAGAUGUCAUUUAUCUCCAAGAGCAUAAAAUAAGCCACUUAUCAUUAAUUUUGUUUUCAAUAGUCAUCAUAAAAUAUACCCUCAAACAGCUAGCAUUUGACUGGAUUUCAUAGGUGAUGGUGGGAGAGUGCAUCAUAAAAUGCAUUAUGAAAUUAAAUGUGUUUUGGAUUCAUGAAUGUGUAUAACAGGAAUGCAGCCAUAUUAGCAUGUGCGCUUCAGAUAUUAAAAAUUCAAGCUGAUGCAAAGCAUAUAUGUGUGUCAGACAGCUCUGCGUCAUACCAGAAAAGAAACUGGACUGCAAAUGUUAUGGGACUGAACUUCUUGUAAAUUAAGUUUUAAAACAAAAACACAUCUUUAUAGGUGCUUAUCUAAUAUAAUUUAAAGAAACAGCAAUGGAAUACUGUGAUUAUUAUUUUAUUAUUUUUUUAAGAGAGAAAGAAUCAUCAUAAAAGCAGCAUAACCUGCAUAAUAACAUAACUUUUACAUUUACUUUGAACAUAAUGGAAGACAUCACAGAUGAGCAAAUUAUGUCAAAAAGAAAGGCCUCAAACAGAGAAAAACA